GGUUUAAGUAGGACAGAGAGCAGGAGGAAGAAUAGUUGAGCAGGCAGUCCUAGAGGAAGUCUCAGAGUCGCCGGGGAGAGCUAUUCGGACAGUUUCUCGCGUCUUGGAGUUGUUUCUAGUACGAUGUGUGGGAUCUUUGCAUAUUUGAACUACCGAGUCCCUCAAACACAGAAGGUGAUCUUGGAGAUCUUGAUCAAAGGUUUGCAGAGACUUGAAUACAGAGGCUAUGAUUCAGCAGGGCUAGCAAUUGAUGAAGGCAAUGGCAGCGAGCAAAACAUUGGUGGACAAAUCAAUCUCUUCAGAAACAGAGGCAAAGUGAAGGACCUAGCUGAAAAAAUAGCAGAGCAAAAUAGCUUGGAUUAUAACAAGGAAUUUGAAAUCCACUUGGGCAUUGCUCACACUCGCUGGGCAACGCACGGAGUUCCAAAUGAAGUGAACAGUCAUCCUCAUCGCUCUGAUAAAAACAAUGAAUUUCUGGUAGUUCAUAAUGGAAUUAUCACAAACUACAAAGAUCUGAGACAAUUCCUGGAGAGCAAAAAUUAUUUGUUUGAAUCUGAGACGGAUACAGAGGUGAUUCCUAAACUAACAAAGUAUCUAUAUGAUAACCGAGAAAGUGAAGAUAUUGGAUUCUCUGCUUUGGUGGAAAAAGUUGUUCAACAACUGGAGGGAGCGUUUGCGCUGGUUUUCAAGAGUAGACAUUUCCCAGGUGAAGCUGUUGCUACGAGGCGAGGGAGCCCUCUGCUGAUUGGUAUUCGCAGCAAGAAUAGUCUCUCCACUGACCAGAUUCCAAUUCUGUACCGAACACAAAACAACAAAAAUAACCCUAUAUCCAAAGCAGAGCAAUUGGAGCAUGAAGAUUGCAAUCACCUUGAAGAGGACAAAAAUGUUGAAUUUUACUUUGCAUCUGAUGCUAGUGCCAUCAUUGAGCACACAAAACGAGUGAUAUUUCUAGAAGAUGAUGACAUUGCUGCGGUGGUGGAUGGUGCUCUCUCCAUUCACCGUGCUAAAAGAUCAGUGGGUGAUUUGGCAUCCAGAACCAUUCAUACUCUGCAGAUGGAAUUGCAACAAAUCAUGAAAGGUAACUUCAAAGCAUUCAUGCAGAAAGAGAUUUUUGAACAGCCAGAAUCUAUAGUUAAUACCAUGCGAGGAAGAGUAAAUUUUACAAACAGCACAGUAACACUAGGUGGAUUGAGAGACCACAUUAAAGAAAUAAAGCGGUGCAGACGCUUACUGAUGAUUGGGUGCGGCACUAGUUACCACGCUGCUGUGGCAACACGUCAAGCAUUGGAAGAACUAACAGAACUGCCGGUGAUGGUUGAACUUGCCAGUGAUUUCUUGGACAGAAAUACGCCUGUUUUCAGAGACGAUGUCUGUUUUUUCAUUAGCCAGUCAGGUGAAACUGCAGAUUCUCUCAUGGCUCUGCGAUACUGCAAAAAUCGUGGUGCCCUGACUGUUGGUAUCACAAACACAGUUGGAAGCUCGAUUUCUCGAGAAACAGAUUGUGGUAUACAUAUUAAUGCUGGACCUGAAAUUGGAGUAGCAAGCACAAAGGCCUAUACGAGCCAGUUUGUUUCCUUAAUUAUGUUUGGCCUCAUGAUGUCUGAAGAUCGCAUCUCAAUGCAGGAAAGGAGAAAGGACAUUAUCGCCAGCCUUCAAUCCUUACCAGACUCAAUCAAAGAAGUUUUGUCCUUGGAUGAAAAAAUUCAACAAUUGGCCCGAGAGCUGUUCCAGCACAAAUCACUCCUCGUCAUGGGCCGUGGGUAUCAUUACGCUACCUGCCUUGAAGGAGCUUUAAAAAUCAAAGAAAUCACUUACAUGCAUUCUGAAGGGAUUUUGGCAGGAGAGUUAAAACAUGGUCCUUUAGCUUUAAUUGACAAGCUGAUGCCUGUUAUAAUGAUUAUUAUGAAGGAUUCAUGCUACACAAAGUGUCAGAAUGCUAUGCAACAGGUCGCUGCUCGACAGGGCCGUCCAAUAAUACUCUGCACGAAGAAUGAUGAGGAGAGUAAGAAAUGUGCAUACAAAACUAUUGAAAUUCCACAUUUAGUUGACUGUUUACAGGGAAUUUUAACUGUAAUUCCUCUUCAACUUCUUUCAUUCCAUUUGGCUGUUCUUCGAGGAUAUGAUGUUGACUUUCCUCGAAACCUGGCCAAAUCUGUCACUGUUGAAUGAGGAUCUGAAUACCUCACCCAUUUCAAGUCCGAAGUUCUGACCAACCUUUGGUAUUGUCUUUUGGCUAUUAUUUAUUGUGAAAUGAUGCUUAUAAUUAAAUUAUCUAAUCAGGGUGUCUACAGUGAAGAAGGAUAUAUGCCUGUUGCAUAUUUGAUACAAAUCAAGUGAUACUGUGUAUGGCCAGGUUACAAUAUUAAGUGCCUCUUCCUGUGUGUUUUAUUCAUCUGCUAAAUGUAUCAUCAGGUAGCUACCUUGAUUAAAGAAACUGUUUACAUAAACUGAUAGAAGGGAUACAAACAAAAGUGCAAUAUUAAAUACCAAGAAAAUCAAUUGUAAAACUUGAUCUAUAUUUCUUCUUUAUUAUGCUUUUUAGACUACUUAUAAAUUUUGCAAAGAAUCACAGUUUUGUGUUGAAGAUACCUACAGUGAUCACUGAAAAUGUAUUUUAUUAAUUAUAUAUCUUUUUUAAGUCUAAAGGGAUUAAUUGAAAGUUUAAGUUGAGUAAAGACACAAAAUGAAGUGUUUCUGUUUUUCAUUUGCUGUCACAUUUACUCAUAUUUAAAUAAAAUAUAAAAGCUGGUUUAAAAAGAUUGUGUAUAUGUAUCUUGUAUUUUGGUCAUAACAUAGAACAUAGAACUCUACAGGCCCUUCAGCCCACAAUGUUGUGCUGACCUUUGAACCUAUUCCAAGAUCAAUCUAACCCAUUCCUCCUACAUGCUCCUCCAUUCUUUUAAUCAUUAUAUGCCUAUCUAUAUGUCUCUUUACUGUCCUUAAUGCAUCUGCCUCUACCACCACCACUGGCAGCACGUUACACCCACCCACCACUAUCUGUGUGGAAAAAACUUACACUGGCAGCCCCCUCCCCCAUACUUGCCCUUAAUCACCUUAAAGUUAUGCCCUCUUAUUUUAGCCAUUUCCACCCUGGGGAAAAGUCACUGACUGUCCAACUUAUCUAUGCCCCCCAUCAUGUUGUACAUCAUAUCAAGUCACCUCUCACCUUUCUUUACUCCAAUAAGUAAAGCAAUAGCUCACUUUGCCUAUCCUCAUAAGACACACUUUCUAGUCCAGGCAGCAUCCUGGUAAAUCUCCUCUGCACCCUCUCUAAUGCUUCCACAUCCUUCCUGUACUGAGGUGACCUAAACUGAACACAAUGCCCCAAGUGUGGUCAAUCUAGAGUUGUGACUGUAACCUAAGUCCCUGGAGAAAUUGUGGUUAUAUAAGUAUUUAUCACAACAAACAGACAUCCGCUUGAAGACCUUCCUGGUAGAGUCACACAUAUUCACAUAACAGGAAGAUAAUUCGAUACAAUUUCAGUAAUUAGUAUGGCAUCGUUUACUUCAAUAAUCUGGGUUGUGUUAUGAACCCCGUAACUGA